AUGGAAGCAACUAACGGAGGCAGUGAUUGCAGAGGCAACAGGAUUUGUGUGAUGGCACUCCGGUUGUGGUUGUGCUUCUGUUUCUGUUUGACCAUCACCGCCGCCAUAACUCGAGCUCAAAACAUCACCGAUCCAGCUGAAGCGCGAGUUUUAAAUGCAAUGUUCAGCCAAUGGGGGAUACCGGAGAGUUCAGCAACACAGAUGGGAUGGAACAUAAGCGGAAACCCAUGCAGCGGCGCCGCCGUGAACUCUACCGACUUCAAUGCCUUCGGUUACAAUCCCGGCAUCAAAUGCGACUGUAAUUUCCCCAAUUCUACUACUUGCCACAUCACCCAACUAAAAGUUAUUGGAAUGGAUGCUGUGGGCCCAAUCCCAGAAGGACUCUGGACUUUGACUUACCUUACAAAUCUUCAGUUGUCCCAGAAUUAUUUGACAGCUCCCUUGUCACCUUCCAUUGACAAUUUAACUCAGGAUGCAGAUCAUAUGAUGAUAAUUAAACUUUUUUAUAGGAGUUUUGGCAUCAAUGCGUUAUCAGGGCAGGUUCCACCAGAGCUAGGACAGCUUACUGACCUUAGAUCUUUGAGUUUAAGCACAAACAGUUUCACUGGUCCCCUGCCAUCUGAACUUGGAAAUUUGAGAAGAUUACAAGAGCUUUUCAUUGAUAGUGCUGGAUUUGGUGGUCCUAUACCUCCUUCAUUUGCUAACAUACGAAACCUGCAGACAGUAUGGGCUUCUGAUAAUAAUUUCACAGGCAGAAUACCGGACUUUAUAGGGAAUUGGUCACAGUUACAAUUUUUGUGGAUUGAGGGGAACUCUUUUGAAGGUUCAAUACCACCUUCAUUUUCUAGACUGGCCUCUUUGCAGGAAUUGGGCAUAAGUGGUUUAUCUAAUGGAACUUUGGAUUUUAUUAAUGGUAUGAGGUCCCUGAGUAUCGUAAGGUUGAGGAAUAACAAAAUUUCUGGCUCUAUUCCAAAUGACAUAGGAGAAUAUGAAAGCUUGACAGAACUGGACUUGAGUUUCAACAAUUUGAGUGGGGAGAUUCCAAGAGGAUUAUUCAGCUUGAGCCAAAUGUCUUUAUUGUUUCUUGGAAACAAUAGUUUAACUGGUACUCUUCCCGAUGUAAAGAGCACAACUCUCCAGAAUAUUGAUCUGUCACACAAUGAACUAUCUGGGACACUUCCUUCUUGGGCCGAUGACUCAGGCUUACAACUUAACAUAGUCGUGAACAACUUCACUUUAGGCGUUUUUGAAGGCAGAGGUUUGCCUUUAGGAGUGGUUUGUCUCCAAAGGGAUUUCUCUUGUUACCGUGGAUCACCAAUAUAUAGUAGCUUUGGAAUCAAUUGUGGUGGCCCACAAAUUACAUCCUCAAGUCAAUUAGUCCAUGAGCAAGACAACGAACAACUUGGGCCCGCAACAUACUACUUGACUCCCGAAAAGAGGUGGGGUGUCAGCAAUGUGGGAGUGAGUCUAAGUGACAACCCCCCCAAAUACAGAGUCUCCACUCUACGGGAGUUUACAAACACUUCAGAUCCACAACUCUUCCAAACAGCAAGACUCUCUGCUGGAUCUUUAAGAUAUUACGGCUUAGGACUUGAGAAUGGCAACUACACUGUAAACCUCCGGUUCGCAGAACUUGAGAUACAAGAUGGUCCCACUUGGAGAAGUCUUGGAAGGCGCGUAUUUGACAUUUAUAUCCAGGGAAAUCGGGUGUUUGAAGAUUUUGAUAUAAAAAGGGAAGCAGGGGGAGCUUCAUUUAGUCCUGUUUCAAAUGAAGUAACAGUCCAGGUGUUACAUAACUACCUUGAGAUACAUUUCUUUUGGUCUGGAAAAGGGACUUGGGCUGUACCUGACCAAGGAACUUUUGGACCACUUAUUUCAGCAAUCAGUGUCACCCCAAAUUUCAUACCUACUGUGAGCAACAAUCCACCUUCCAACAAAAAGAAGAAUAAUACCGGUUUGAUUGUGGUGGGGAUUUUGGUUCCGAUUGCAGUUGUGAGCUUUUUGACAUUAUUAGCCCUGUAUAUUCUUCGUCGGAGAAGGAAAAGGAAGGAUAAUAAUGACAACUAUGAUGAAGAUUUUCUGGGAAUUGAGGCAAGACCAUAUACUUUUGGUUAUGGUGAAUUGAGAGAUGCAACAAAUGAUUUUAGUCCUGCAAAUAAGCUUGGGGAGGGUGGCUUUGGACCUGUGUACAAGGGAACACUUGCUGAUGGGAGAGUAAUAGCUGUAAAACAACUAUCCAUAGCUUCCCACCACGGUAGGAGUCAAUUUGUGGCAGAGAUUGCUACAAUAUCAGCAGUCCAACACCGUAACCUCGUGAAAUUAUACGGAUGCUGCAUCGAUGGAGCAAAACGACUUCUUGUCUACGAGUAUCUUGAAAACAAGAGCCUCGAUCAAGCAUUAUUCGGAAGGAAAAAAUUGUCACUUCCAUUGUCUACCCGUUUUGAUAUAUGCAUGGGGUUAGCACGCGGUCUCUCGUAUCUUCAUGAGGAAUCUCGCAUACGGAUUAUACAUAGAGAUGUGAAAUCUAGCAAUGUUUUGCUUGAUUCUGAUUUGAAUCCUAAGAUAUCGGAUUUUGGUCUUGCCAAACUUUAUAACGACAAGAAAACACACAUGAGUACUCGUGUUGCAGGCACAAUGCAUGGAAUUUACAUGAAGCGAACCGUGAACUUGAGUUAG